AAGAAGUAUAGAAGACACGUCAACAAAAGGGAAUGGACACGUCACCGGAAGGAAAGAAGAUACCAAAUAUAUAAGUCACUUGACAAUUAAUAUUUUCAUUAUUCGAAAUUGUAAAAGUUUGUAACAAACUCUCUCUCUCUCAUCUCUCUCUGUGUGACGAUCUCUCAUCUUUGUUGAUUUCCAUUGCUGGAGGAUCAUCACUGUGAGUAGGAAUUGGUGUUUUAGAACGUUGGAUUCCUGAUUUGGAUUUAUAAUACAAAGUGACGUUUAUCUCUUAUCAUAUCGACCACUCUAGCAGACUAGCCUGGAAAGCAGAGCAACGAGCAAAGCCUUUGAUCAUAGACCCAGCGCUUUACUCGACAAACAAGUCAGAUAUCUUCUGGGUUACACCUAGUAGAACAAUGCCAACUGCAUUCAAACUAUUCACUGGUUCUGCUUGGAUGGUCCUAUCUCGUUCCUUUGUAGAAUAUUGCAUCUGGGGAUGGGACAAUCUUCCAAGGACUCUGUUAAUGUACUACACUAACUUCCUCUCUACACCGGAAGGUUAUUUCCACACAGUGAUAUGCAAUGCACCAGAGUAUUCGAGCACGGUGGUUAACAGUGACCUGCAUUACAUCUCAUGGGACAAACGUCCACAACAGCAUCCUAAGAUGCUCAACAUCAGUGAUACAAAGAAGAUGAUUGCAAGCGGAGCUGUGUUUGCCCGCAAGUUCACACACAAUGAUCUUGCCUUGGACAAGAUUGACACAGAGCUCCUCGGUAGAGGUAAUGGAAGUUUUACACCUGGUGGUUGGUGUGCUGGCAAACCGAACUGCUCAAAGGUUGGUGAUCCGUCAAAGAUCAAUCCCGGUCUAGGAGCUGACCGGAUAAGCGGGCUUGUUAGCAGACUUAUUUCGCCGUCUAAACUGACUCGAAGACAAUGCAGAUAGGCUCCCUUUGCCUGCAGCUGAACUUAGAGGCGGUUUCUGUUUAUAUGUUUCAUGUCUUGAUGCAAUGUGACCAAACAAGGUGGAUUUUGUGUUUCUGAAGCCAUAAUAAUAUACCAAUUCAUUCUUCUCCUUAAAUACAAACCCCACUCGAAAUAUAAUUUAUCUGAUAAAAACAGACAACAGAACAACUUAUAGAAUAGAAGAUGAAGUGUUCAUAUGAUUCUUUAACAAAUAUUUAUAUAUAUAUAUAUAUGGUUCAUAAAGAUUAGAUACAAGCACGUAUAUGUCUUCAGAUAUGCAAUACACAGCGAGUAAAUGGCCUGCCAUUUGAGACCUAACUCGGAACAAUAGUGUCUGUACUUGUUAUACCAUAAAGUUUACAGUUUAUAUACAUUUCAAAAACUAUACAAGAGGGAGAGGGAGAGAGAGAGAGCUAGAAGAGAAGGAGGCAAAGGAAGAUG